GUUUGUCUUGCAAACAGUUUCUCCGGUUCGCGGGAGUUUUGUGAAUCAGGAGAGGAGCGCGUGGCCACACUGAGUGGAGGAGGUCAUCUGUGCAAAACGAAGGCACGGCAUUCGGUACCGAUUUCAGAUUAAAAGAUGCUUUUUCAAGCUAUCGUCGGGCGAGGAAUUUCCAGCCGCAAAUGUAACGGAACAGAGCCGCGGCUCCCUCUGCACUCCCUGCUUGGUGGCUACCAGUGCGCGCGGGCGGAUGAGCACAUCUCCUAUGGCGAGCAGGGGGCCGUCGUCCCGCCCUUCGGGUGCACCUUCUCAUCAGCUCAGGGAAUCCAGCACGUCCUGGCUGUUGCUAAUGAAGAAGGAAUCAUAAGGCUGUAUGACACGGAAGCACGCAGGACCCCCGUUCUUAAAGAGUGGCUGGCUCAUUCAAACGCGGUGUUCGAUAUUGCCUGGGUCCCAGGGGAACAUAAACUGGUAACGGCAUCCGGAGACCAGACUGCCAAACUCUGGGAUGUGAAAACCAGCGAGCUCUUGGGGAUCUUCAAGGGGCACCAGUGCAGCCUCAAAUCCGUCGCCUUUGCAAAGCAAGAAAAGGCUGUCUUCUGCACUGGUGGACGAGAUGGCAACAUUAUGGUCUGGGACAUGCGAUGCAGUAAGAAAGACGGGUUUUACAAGCAUGUGAAGCAGAUCAGUGGCGCCCACAACAAGCCAAGCAAAGAGACCCCCUUGAAACAGAAGAAGAAGAAACAGGCGAAUUCUCAGCAAAGUGUGACUGCAGUUUUGAUGCUAGACGAGCACUCGCUCCUCUCCGCUGGAGCUGUUGACGGUGUUCUUAAGCUUUGGGACUUGAGGAAGAAUUACACAGCCCACUUGCAGGACCCCGUGCCCCUCCAGUCCUAUCCUUACCCUGGCAGCAGCCUGCGGAAGUUAGGCUUCUCCAGUCUUGUGUUGGACUCCAGCGGCUCAAGUCUGUUUGCCAACUGCACAGAUGAGAACAUUUAUAUGUUUAACAUGGCUGGACUGAAAACUGAGCCUGUGGCCGUCUUCAGUGGUCACCUCAACUCCACCUUUUAUGUGAAGUCCAGCGUCAGCCCCGAUGACCAGUUCCUGGCAAGCGGCUCCAGCGACCACAACGCGUACAUCUGGAAGAUUUCAGAACCCCAGAGCCCCCCCAUAUUACUUCAGGGCCACUGUCAGGAGGUCACGUCUGUCACCUGGUGUCCCACUGACUUCACAAAGAUCGCCACUUGUUCGGAUGACAACACUGUGCGCAUCUGGCGCCUCGACCGAGGGGCAGAGGGAGAGAAGACCACCCUGGGGGCCGCCAACUUGGUAGGCUGGGCCAGGAAAAAGCAAACGUCCAAGGCCUCAGAGCCAAUGACUCCGUCUGACCAAACGGCCCUGGCGUCUCCACUCGCUGUGAGCCCAGCGACCAUCUCCUCCCCCCGAGCUGCAGCCUGUGCCCCCAGCAGAGCGGACCUGCCCCAGCCCUCCAGCACGCACAUCCACCCUGCGGGCCCCAAAAGCGCCCCCAGCACUCCUAAGCAGACUGCUUCAUCUCCGUCGCUCAUGAGGUGGGUGACACUGAACACCACGCCCUCUAGCUCUACAAGACAAGGUACCCCCCAGUCCAGGAGGGUCCUGAGUCCUCUGGCACAGAGCCGGGUGCUCACAACACCGGUCUCAGAAAGGAGAGCCAAGCGACGGCUGGAAACGAGUGAGACGGCGGGCCGCACCUGUCCAGAGGAGUGCGACUGCGUGCGGGAGCUGGACCCCCUGGCGAAGAGGAGACGAGACUUGGCGGGACUCUGCUGCACGGCCAAGGCUGAGAAGAAAGAGGAGGAGGAGCAGCCACUCCCUGGCAGCCCGGUCCACAAGGAGUCCACGGAGAAGAUUCUAGAAGACCACCAGCAUUUGAAUGGACAUAGACCAUCAGAUAAGGAGAACAAUUCUCCUGGCCGCUCAAACUGGCUGUCGGCCAUGGGGCACAGACUGAAAGGUGGGCAGGGUAGCCCCUCGAGCCGAAGAAGUCCAGCGAGCAAAGGGACACACAGCAAAACUGCAGUGUCACCGCUUCCCGGCACCCCAGGAUCCAUGAAGAAGAUCUCCUGCUACUUCCAAAAGAUCAGCCCCGAAUGAAGAGCGGCCGCGAGUCCCUUUCGCUUAAUCGAGCACUGAAUGCACUGCGGCGGCGGCGGCGGACCGCCCCUGGAGCUCCACCCCGCACUCACGUUCAUCUUCUCCGGGCUCAGACGUCGCGCCGUUUCCUCAGCACCUUAGCACGGAGGAUAUGUUGCAUUGCCGUUUCCUUUUUGGGGAGGCGCUUCCGUCGGAUGUUUUUAACACGUUUGUAACGGCACAUUCAUUUUAGAGGACUUGCUCUUCGUUUUCUGUGCUGUCGUCACAUUUGGUUUAUUACUUUGUUUCUAAAUGAAGUCGCUUUUAUGUGUCGCGCUGUGGCGGACCGGACCUGAGAGAGACCAGGCCCAGGGGGCCGCGGGCUGCGUAAAGGGGCGGAGCCAUCGGGAUGGUUCUAACUAGACGACCCAAUAAAAUCCAAAUGCAUUAA